AUGCUUUUGGAAGGGGAAGAUUAUUGGUCCUGCGCUGCAGCCUCGGCUACCUGGCAUCGCCUGCGCGAGACUUUGAGAUACGUCACAUGGGACCCGGCACAAGCGCUGCGCACGUCCAUGGCGAAGUUCGGGCAGCUGUUGCCUCUGUGGCUCGAUGGCGAAGGACGCCGGGCAGCAGAGGAGUCUCCCUGCGCAGCCGGAGAAGCUUUCUUCACGCUCUUGGACUUCCUCCUGUCAUCGCUCCAGCAGAUCCGCGACGAUGCCAGCCUUUCCGUAAACAGCCUGGCCGACGCGCUCGUCCUCUUGCGAUUGAGGAUCCCAUCCAUCUCGGCCGCCAUGUUUUCGACUUGGCCAAUCUUCGGAUUGAUGGCGCUGGCGCAGCAGAAGCUUCUGCGACUCGGAGGCGGUGCAGGGCAUGGGAGCGAGAACGGCCUGGAGGAGCGCGCCUUCGAGGCCAGCAUGCCCUUCGGUGAGGCUCUGCGUCCCUUCGUUGGCAUUUGCGAUGCCGGGCAGGAGCUGCACGGCAUCCUAGCUAAAUGGCUUGAGGAGAUGCCGCCGCCAGGAAGGCCCCUGCCUGCGCUGCCUGCGUCUGCGCGCAGGGUCGCCUGGCGUUUCGCCCGGAACGCGGCAGGCUGUAGCGUGCUGGAGCGCGGCGUGGCCCGUCUAGUGGCAAGUGGGCUCAUCCCGACUGGUGCAUGGUACAUCUCUCUGGUGGACCACAAUGUCUCAGCUUGGAGAAAGGGCCUGUGGCGGCUUCGGAGGAUGCUGGAUUGGAGCCUGCAGGCGGUGACCUGGAAUCGGCUGCUCCUCAGCGGUUGGCCGCUCUCUGCGAUACUUCAUCGUCUGCAGGAGGCCUACCUCCGGGAGGCCGUCUGCAGUGCGGCGGUUGAGGGCGGCUACGCGCUGCGCAGCCGCGCCGAGGGCUCUCCUGGGGUAUGGCUAUGCGUCGGCCGCAUGGAGGAUUUGGCAGCCGAAAGGUGGCGAAUGCACGGCGAGUUCUCGGACUGCACGGCCAUUGCAAGGCUUCUGCGCGGCGGGUCUGCCGGCGGCUGCCUUUUCGCCGAUGUCGGCGCGAACCUGGGAUCCUGCUCCCUGCAGAUGGCACGAGAGGGUUUCGCUGUGCUGGCCCUGGAGCCUUCGCCGGCGACGGCGGCACUGCUAGAAGCCUCAGUGCUCCGAAAUGGUCUCGAGUCCCGCAUUCAGGUGGUCCAGGCUGCGGCCGGUCGCGGUGGUGUGGGCCGACUGCGGUGCCCGGAGAAGCACUCUGCGGCUUGCACGGUGCAGGUCGUCGACACGGGAGAUGAUGGUCAGCUGGUCAGCACCGUGGCUUUGGAUGCCCUCCUCGAAAAGCGGUCACGGCUCUGUGCGCUGAAGAUUGAUGUCGAGGGUUCGGAGGAAGAGGCGCUCAUAGGUGCAUGGCAAAGCCUGCGUCUCCACCAGCCGAGGCUGUUCUUGGAGAUUCACGCGCGGCAGCUGCGUGAGCGAGGGACCUCGUCGGGCAGCGUCUUCGACAGGCUGUUGAUCGAGCUGGGCUAUCGAGAUGUGAAGCUGCUCAGCGACCACGAGAGCAACUGCUUCUCCGCUUCAGGGAGCAGGUCGAGGUUGACUCCUCAGGGUGACGGUGUCCAUGCGGAGUGUCGGUGGCAUAGUGCCAACCUUCUGCCCGCCGGGCUCUACAUAGAACGGGAUGCCUGUCGAUGUGCCCGGGCCUGCUUCCUGCAAGUCCGUCCAGGUGAGCCUGGCUGCCGGUGCUGGGACUUCGAUGCCGAGUCUGGCUACUGUCAGAUGUACCGGAGCUGUGAGGCCGUGAAUGCCACAGCUUUGACGCCACGGGAUCGUUCCUGGGCAGGCGAGCUGAGCGGAAAUUUCGUUUUCAGCUGA